UUGGCGACUCGUCGCCAUUCCCGAAGCAGCUGGGCCUCGGCUUUGAGGCGAGUAUCGGUCGCCGUGUCGGAGACACCCGUCCCCGACACCAAGACAACCAACCCUCUCUCCUGCCCCGCGGCGGGAGAGCGUGUCCGGCCGGCCGGCGGGGCUCGCGCACCCUCCCUCUCCUCCCCUUCCCCCGUAGCCUCGCCCCGCCAGGCCCGGCCCGGACCCCCGAGUCCCGGCCUCCUCCUCUUUCUUCGUCACCGCCGCCACCGGGCUCGAUAGCCCCACCCGUUGCUUUUCCUCCCCGUUUGAGAAGCUGAGGAAGGAAAUAGGGAAAAAUGUCGCCAUGAAGGCCGAGAACCGCUGCCGCCGCCGACCCCCGCCGGCCCUGAACGCCAUGAGCCUGGGUCCUCGCCGCGCUCGUUCCGCUCCGACCGCCACCGCCGCCGCCAAGGCCCCCGUUGAUGCCGCAGAGCUCCCCCAGUGCCGCCGCCACCGCCUCCGACAUGGACAAGAACAGCGGCUCCAGCAGCUCCUCCGCCUCUUCGGGCAGCAGCAAAGGGCAACAGCCGCCCCGCUCCGCCUCGGCGGGGCCGGCCGGCGAGUCUAAACCCAAGAGCGAUGGAAAGAACUCAAGUGGAUCCAAGCGUUAUAGUCGUAAACGUGAACCUUCCUAUCCCAAAAAUGAAAAUUUUAGCAACCAGUCCCGUCGCUCCAAUUCACAGAAAAGCAAAACUUUUAACAAGAUGCCUCCUCAAAGGGGCGGCGGCAGCAGCAAACUCUUUAGCUCUUCUUUUAAUGGUGGAAGACGAGAUGAGGUAGCAGAGGCUCAACGGGCAGAGUUCAGCCCUGCCCAGUUCUCUGGUCCUAAGAAGAUCAACCUGAACCACUUGUUGAAUUUCACUUUUGAACCCCGUGGCCAGGCCGGUCACUUUGAAGGUGGCGGACAUGGCAGCUGGGGUAAAAGGAACAAGUGGGGGCAUAAGCCUUUUAACAAGGAACUCUUUUUACAGGCCAACUGCCAGUUUGUAGUGUCUGAAGAUCAAGACUAUACAGCUCAUUUUGCUGAUCCUGAUACCUUAGUCAACUGGGACUUUGUGGAACAAGUGCGCAUUUGUAGCCAUGAAGUGCCAUCUUGCCCAAUAUGCCUAUAUCCGCCUACUGCAGCCAAGAUAACCCGUUGUGGACACAUCUUCUGUUGGGCAUGCAUCCUCCACUACCUUUCACUGAGUGAGAAGACCUGGAGUAAAUGUCCCAUCUGUUACAGUUCUGUGCAUAAGAAGGAUCUCAAAAGUGUUGUUGCCACAGAGUCACACCAAUAUGUUGUUGGUGAUACCAUUACGAUGCAGCUGAUGAAGAGAGAGAAAGGAGUGUUGGUGGCCUUGCCCAAAUCCAAAUGGAUGAAUGUAGAUCAUCCCAUUCAUCUGGGAGAUGAACAGCACAGCCAGUACUCCAAGCUACUGCUAGCCUCUAAGGAGCAGAUUCUGCACCGGGUGGUUCUAGAAGAAAAAGUGGCACUAGAGCAGCAACUGGCAGAGGAGAAGCACACCCCUGAGUCCUGCUUUAUUGAGGCAGCUAUCCAGGAGCUCAAGACUCGAGAGGAGGCUCUCUCAGGAUUGGCCGAAAGCAGAGGGGAGGUCACUGGUGUCGUGGCUGCUCUGGAACAACUGGUGCUGAUGGCUCCCUUGGGAAAGGAGCCUGUUUUCCAAUCCAGGAAGGGUGUGUUAGAGUAUCUGUCUGCUUUUGAUGAAGAAACCACAGAGGUUUGUUCUCUGGACUCUGCUCGUCCUCUUGCUCUUCCUCUGGUAGAAGAAGAGGAAGCAGCAUCUGAACCAGAGCCUGAGGGAUUAUCAGAGGCCUGUGAUGACUCGGAGUUAGCAGAUGACAAUCUUGGGGAAGGAAUCAUUUGUACUAAUUUCAGUGAGCAGCAACCCAUCACCAAGCCAGGCUUCACACACCUGAGCCGCUCUCCUUGCUACUACUUUUACCAAGCGGAAGAUGGGCAGCACAUGUUCCUCCACCCUGUGAAUGUGCGCUGCCUCGUGCGGGAGUAUGGCAGCCUGGAGCAGAGCCCUGAGAAGAUUUCAGCAACUGUAGUGGAGAUAGCUGGGUACUCCAUGUCUGAGGAUGUUCGACAGCGUCAUAGAUACCUCUCUCACUUGCCGCUCACCUGCGAAUUCAGCAUCUGUGAACUGGCUCUGCAGCCUCCUGUGGUCUCUAAGGAAACUCUAGAGAUGUUCUCAGAUGACAUUGAGAAGAGGAAGCGCCAGCGCCAGAAGAAGGCUCGUGAGGAACGUCGCCGAGAGCGCAGGAUUGAGAUGGAGGAGAACAAGAAACAGGGCAAGUACCCAGAAGUCCACAUUCCCCUCGAGAAUCUACAGCAGUUUCCUGCCUUCAAUUCCUAUACCUGCUCCUCCAGUUCUGCUUUGGGUCCCACCAGCACUGAGGGCCAUGGGGCCCUCUCCCUUUCUCUUGUUAACAGAAGUCCAGGGUCCCAUGCAGACUUUCUGCUGGCCCCUCUGUCACCCACUGCCAGUCAGGGCAGUCCCUCAUUCUGCGUUGGGAGUCUGGAAGAAGACUCUCCCUUCCCUUCCUUUGCCCAGAUGCUGAGGGUUGGAAAAGCAAAAGAAGUGUGGCCCAAAACUGCUCCAAAGAAAGAUGAGAACAGCCUAGUUCCUCCUGCCCCUGUGGACAGCGAUGGGGAAAGUGAUAACUCAGACCGUGUUCCUGUGCCCAGUUUCCAAAAUUCCUUCAGCCAAGCUAUUGAAGCAGCCUUCAUGAAACUGGACACACCAGCUACUUCAGACUCCCUGUCUGAAGAGAAAGGAGGAAAGAAAAGAAAAAAGCAGAAACAGAAGCUCCUGUUCAGCACCUCAGUCGUCCAUACCAAGUGACACUACUGGCCCAGGCUACCUUCUCCAUCUGUUUUUUCCCCCCUCUGUGCUUUUGGUUUGCUGCUGUAAUUUUUAAGUAUUUGAGUUUGAACAGAUUAGCUCUGGGAGGGGGAGGGGGUUUCCACAACAUGAGGGGGAACCAAGAAAAUUUUAAAUACAGUGUAUUUUCCAGCUUUCCGUCUUUACACCAAAAUAAAGUAUUGACACAAGAAAUCUCUUCCUGCUAAGGCUAUUUAGGUUUGUUGCCAGGUUAGUCUUUUUGACCCAUGUAUAAUUAGUUUUCUCAACUCAAAAUAAGUUGGCAUCUCCUUGACAUCCCUUAGAGCAGCCCAAACCAGAGUGGUAUGGCACUGCCUGCUGUGAUCAUGUGUCAGGGCAUCGUGGUUUCAGAUUAGCUAUCAGUUUGUCUUUUAAAAAUACUUAAAUCUUUUCUACCUGUUCAGUUCACUCUUUUCUUGUUAAAGGACCAGGGGGGUGGAAUAAAAUGGAUUUAGAGCACCCAGCUUGAAUUAAAAAAAAUUUUUUUUGACCAGUGUCCAGGCUGUGUUGCCAGACUUGGGGUGUCAGCAUCAAGGGGUGGGUUGUCCUUGGCACUUGCAUGUAUGUAUGUGUGAGGGCUUUGCCUCUUGAAUGUGGCUUCUGUUACGUAUUCCAAGAAGGAAAGCUAUUGUUUUUGCUAAGGAAGCCCUGCGGGCUACCGCCCUUUGAUGAAGCUUGCUUUGGGUGACAGUGGCUGGCUUGAGUUUUAGGAGCAGAGAUGUCUGGUACACCUGGGGGUGAGGCAGGCUCGAAUCCAGUGGGGUUGUCCACCACUCCGUUGUCUAAAGUAGUCUUUGUGGGCUCUAGUGGUUUGAGCUGAAUUUGAAUGAUGUAAAUUCUUUCACUGCAUAAUAAAGUGGCCUCUGGGUAUAAUAGACUGUGAAGGCAAAUAGUUGCAAUAAAUCACCUGCACAAUCAA